GUCGCGAGCUGUCUCAUUUACACAUACAUUCGCAUUUGCCCGAACCAAAUGAUAAUGCCAAUGAUAAUACAUAUGUCUCUCUCUCUUCCAAACGCGAAUCAACAUGUAUGUCCGUUUCGUUUUAAUCGCUAAUAACGGGUGCCAAAGUUGAUUAUCUAUGUAGCAGAAGAUUGUCAAACGUUUUGUUAAAACACUAAGUGAAACAUUGUUUGCUUUCCAAGUUAACGUGCUUAAUUAGUUAAAGGAAGCCCUUAAUCAAAAUGCCUCAGGGACCUGCGACGAAUCCUUUCAUGAAGCCUUUUGUCGUUCUAGCGUUACCAGGAAUGUAUCUGGUAUACAAAUACAACCAAUACAGACGUCGGAAAAAAGAAAACGCGAGAAGAAAGUUGACCGAAAGGGAACUACAGCAUCUGAACAAUAAAAUAGACAAACUUUUGACUAAGUUGGAAGAAAGUGAACCAGAACUGGCAACUAGUCCCGAAGAAGAGUGUGUCAUAUGUAUUCAUGCGAAAGCGACCAUGCAAACGGCUCCAUGUGGACAUCAAGUCGUUUGCAGGAAGUGUUUCGUAAAAACAAUUCAAAUCGCUGUGUCGCAGAGACUUCUGCCGUUGAGGUGUGUCAUUUGCAGAGCAAAAAUAUUGAGACUAAAGACUGGACCAUUGCUUCCAAUGUCUGCAAGUGGUUACUCCAUGAGUUCGAGGACUUCGUCGGUACCUCAAUCAGACAGUUUGUACAGUGUGAGCAGCGGUGGUUCGUCCAUCUCUUCGACAUCUAGUUCUUCCGAUGGAAGCGGAACAUGCUGCGGAGGUCGGUGUCUGGGGGCCUAUCCACGACAGCCUACCACUGGGGCUAUCCGAAGAAAUCAACAGCACGCAAUGAAACUCAAAUUACAGGAAUACUGUCACCCCGAAAGAAGCAAUAUCAACAGAUUACCCCCCAUCAAAGAGUUGCCAACAGCCAGCCCUAAUCAUAAUGCAGCUCCACCCUCAACAAGAAUAAGAUGUGCUCAAAAAAUUGUUACACAACUUGAGUCGGUACCAUUGAUUCGAAGAAGUAAAAAUUACAAAUACGUACAGCUACCCCAAGACGAAGACUUCGAUGAAGACGCUAAUCCAAGUCCCACCGAAAGCGAAUGCAGUAGAAAUAGGAAAUGGUGGGUUAGCAAAAAGGACAAUGUCAGUCCUGCAAGAACUCCCGAAUGGGACGACAAUAAGAAAAACGAACUCAUGGAAAAGGAAAUGGUAAUGAAGGAAAAACAGUAUAUUCGUAGGAGAAAAAGUGAAGGGAAAUCGUUAGAAAGAAUAACAACUACUAAAUUUGAUACAGAUGACAGAAAACACAAAUAAGAUAAAUAAUUUAUGAAUCAGAAUAGCCGGAAUCUGAGAAAAUCUGUUGCAACAUUUCUUGUUUUUCAAUUACAUUGGCAUUUUUGACACAAAUAAUUUAGUAAAUACAUACAUACAAGUUUUACCGUAGAAAAACCGCUUGAUAGCCCAUGAUAUUUUCAAUAAUAGUGGUUGAAGCAGCAUUUAUCAUCAACUCAUGCUUAAUCUUUUAUAAUAAAUAGCUUU